UGGGUAGGUCAGCAGCAGAGGGGACGCCAUGUGCCAUUGAGGCUGGGAGACUGGAAGCGGGUGUGAUUGUGAUAAACCAGAUUGAUUUGUAGUGGGACAGUGGGUUCGCAGCUCCGGAUAACUUCAGCAUGUACUGCGCCAGACGCUGCCUCCGAACCGCGCUGCGGGCCGCCGCGCGCACACACCGGCAGCAGCUUCAGCAGCAGACUCCGGCCGUGUGUGCGCUCCGUCUUCUGCAGAGCAGCGCAGCCAGCCGGUCAGACGCCAUCGCCACACCUCCAUUAGAUGAAGAACCCAAAAUAUAUUCUCAGAAAAUCCAGCAGCUCGUCAGCGACAUAGCCAGCCUCACCUUAUUAGAGGUGUCGGACCUCAAUGAACUCCUCAAGAAAACUUUGAACAUUAAGGACAUUGGAAUGAUGCCGAUGGCUGGAGCUGCUGUCCCUGCAGCUCAGGCCCCAGAAGAGGAGGAUGAGGCGCCAGUUAAAAAGGAGCAGACCCACUUCUUUGUAAAGCUGGUACAAAUGAAGACGGAAGAUAAAGUAAAGCUUAUAAAGGAAGUAAAGAACUGCAUCCACGGCUUAAAUCUGGUGCAGGCGAAGAAACUAGUGGAGUCUCUUCCUCAGGAAAUCCGGGCUAACGUGCCCAAGGAAGAAGCAGAGAAACUCAAAGCCGCCCUGGAAGCAGCGGGCGGCACUGUGGUGUUGGAGUAGAUCUGUAUUCUGCUACACUGUUGGUCAUGCUCUUUGUUCUUCAUAUUAUUGUUUUCUUUUUAUAUAAAACCAUGAAGAGAAAAGGAUCCUAAGAAAUAAAGGAAACAAAGAAAAGCCUUUUUUUUUGUUUAUUAACAUCUUUAAGCAGUGUCGGAUGCGGUGGUCUAUCUUCAGACUUGAACUUUCCAGAUGAAUGACCGCUGCUCUGUUUGCCCGUGUGCUCAUCUGUCUUCGUGCAGCAAACAAGCUGCAGGUAAAUGGGCCUGUGUUGGAGUUCGUCCGCUGUUAAUUCUGAGGGGGUUGAACUUUUCACCAAAGGAAAGUUUCAGCUGUAUGAUCGUGAUUACAGAUGUUGAAGAACACCACAUGUUGUAUUUCGUUCAGCGGAGUCCUUUUACCCCUUAUAGAAUUGUUAAUACAAUAAAGUUAAAAUGUCCUGACCUUC